AUAAACAUUGUGCUUGUGAGUACAGUAUGUGUUAAUGUUCUAUAUUUGGAUUUCCUAGCUAUAAAAAGCUUUAAGAGAAAACUGACCUUCAGCACCAGUUGGAUUACUGGGUAUAUCACUGCUGUCCGUUGCAAAACAGAAGUCAAGAGACAGUUGAAACAUACGUCCCUUAUUCCUGAAGAUGGCCAAAAAGUCUUUAUCUCUGUGUGUCCUGAACAAGACAUUAAACAGAACUGAGAAUAAGCUGCAAACUAUAAAGUCACAAUAUAUUGUAUUAGAUUCUGGCAUUCAGAAAUUAUCAGAGAAAUUUGACUUUUGGAAUAUGGUUCUAGAGCAAGAUGAGAUGUGGACGUCACUGCUAGAAGACAAAUUUAAUUCUGUGGAGAUAAACCUUUUCUAUAGCUAUAUCUGUGAAACUAUUCAGUGCCUACAUUCUCAAGUGGUAGAAAGCAUUCCUGAUCUCGCCAGAGUAUUGCCUACACUAUCUUCUGUUCUGAGGAGGAAAGAUAAAAACAAAAGAAUUAAGUCAGCAUGGGAAUCGGCAUUGGAGAUAUUGGGACUCCAAGAAGAAGAUGUUAAAGUAUUCUGUACAUUUUUCAUUACCUACAGCCAGGAUGCAAAUUACUUCCCUGAUAAACUAAGGCAAGAUUAUACCCAAGACAUCCAAUCUGUUGUAAACAAAGUGGUGAAUAAUCAAGUCCUUCAUCAUAGCUUGUUGUGUGCUAUUAAUGUAGUGGAAAACAAGAAAGUUUAAAGAUAUAUCUAAACUGCAAAUAUAUUCUGAAACAAUAUUUUUUCCUCCAGAAAUACAUGAAACAGUCUUGUAUAAGGGAAAAUAUUUAAUUCAAAUAGAUUGAAAGAUGUAAAAUUUCUCAGUUUAUGUAUAAUUGGGGCAAGCAAUAUUGGCCUACUUUACAAAGCUGUGGAACAGAUUAUGUAGAUAAUGUUUGUGAAGUGUGAACACCAGAAAGUACAAUGUAAGUGCUAGACAUUUCCACUUUGUGUAAACCUCUUUUAAAAUAUUUCCAUUAG